GAUGCACUUCGCUCCGAGAAGAAGCUGGUCGAGCCAUCUCCAGCUCCGCAAUUCAAGCACAAAAAAGAUAUAAUAUUCGGGUUUUUGGACAGUGUUAGAGGCACGCUGUAAGAUGGAAGAGUCUACAGCUCCCAUUGAGGCCCACGCGGCCGCCGGCGCCGAGGCAGGUGCUGAAGGGGGGGAGGGUGUGUCUGUUCCCCCCCCUCCUCAGUUUGAGGCUGCUGGAGCUUCUGCGGGAGUCAGCUCGGCCCCUCUGCAGCAGGCAUCGGGUCUGGCACCGCUCCUGGUGACUCCAGGCCCAGCGAUCCGGCGCGCGGCGAGUUUGAGGCCAGCGCCAGCCGAAGGGGGCGGGGCCCGGUCUGGUCCGGAGCGCAACAGUGGCAGCUGGACGAAGCAAAUCCUCUGCAGGUAUUAUCUGCAUGGGCAGUGCAAGGAGGGCGAUAACUGUCGCUACUCUCACGACCUUUCUGGGCGGCGGAGAUCUAGGGGGGGGCAAGAUGCUCAGCCUCGGGCCUCUGCAGACAGAGGACCCAAGAUGGCCACUCGCUGGGAGCCCCCGACUCAGGAAGUGGCGGAAGCCCCCCCUGCUGCAUCCUCAAGCUCCUUGCCUCUGAUUGGCUCGGCUGCUGAAAGGGGCUUCACUGAAGCUGAGAUUGACAAUGCAGGCAUUCGCUCAGCUGCUGAAAGGGGCUUCUCUGAAGCCGAGAUUGACAAUGCAAGCCUUGCAGCAGGUGCUGCAGCGGGAGCGGGUGCAGAAGGCUGGGAGGGGGCAAUUGAAUUUGUUCCUGGACAGCCUUACCGAGGUCGCAUGGUCCCCCCGCAUGGUCCCGAGGCUCCUCUGCAGAGCCCGGCAAUUGAGAGAGAGCAUAUGGCUAUGGGCAUGGGGAUGCCGAUGCCAGUGCCAAUGCCAAUGCCAGUGCCAAUGCCAGUGCCAAUGCCGCUGCCGCUUUGCCGCUAUGCUGCCCGGGGACAAUGCCUCCGUGGGGACAGGUGUGCAUACCCCCAUGGAGAAAUAUGCGACAUGUGCGGGCAGCAGGCCUUGCACCCUUGGGAUGCAGCUCAGCAGGAAGCUCAUAGAAGGGCCUGCGUUGAAGCACACGAGAGAGAUAUGGAACUCUCUUUUGCUGUGCAGCGCAGCAUGGACAAAGUGUGUGGCAUCUGCAUGGAGGUGGUCUAUGAGAAAGCUGACCCCAGCGACCGCCGCUUUGGCAUUCUUUUCAGCUGCAACCACACCUACUGUCUUAGGUGUAUCCGCAGGUGGAGAAGUGCCACACAGUUUGAGAACAGGAUCAGUAAGUCCUGCCCACAGUGCAGGGUCUCCUCUGGCUUUGUCAUUCCUAGUGAGUUUUGGGUGGAGGAGGAAGAGGAGAAGGAGAAACUUGUUCAGCAGUAUAAGGAGGGGAUGAGCCAGAAAGCGUGCAGGUAUUUUGCUGGAGGCCUAGGUCACUGCCCAUUUGGAGAAUUCUGUUUUUACAAGCAUGAAUACCCCGAGGGCUGGAGAGAUCAGCCUCCAAGACCAGAUGGUGGUGGAUCAUCAAGCGCAUACUGGCAUCAAGUUUUGGAGCCUGUGCAGUUGCGAGAGGGAAACGUGCUGUUUAAAAGCCGUAAAAAAGAGCAUUCUGUGCUUCGCCUGGCCAAUCAGUUGCUUAAGAAGUUGCUUUGCCUGAGAGGCAGUUCUUCCUUCUCUGAUGACCGUUGGCUCUUGCUUCAGUACCAGCUGGAAGAAUAUUUCAGUUUGAAUCUGUAGUAUCACGCUGUGGCAUGUGGUCUGGUCUGCUAAAGCUCUGUUGUCUGCUGUUGCUUAUUCCCCUUUAUUGACUGAAAAACCCUAUCGCUUUCAAAGGCUACUGAGGCAAUCUUUAUGCAGUAUUGCUGUUUUCUUCUCUAUUUCCUAUUUCUUCUUGCUAGGAUUGUGAUGUUUCUCUGUGUUACAAAAUAACAAGAAAUCUUAUAAGUAUUGUUUGGUGGAAUUAAUAUUUCUGUCAACUGAUGACUUGUGAUGUCUUUUUUCCAACAGGAUUCAAUCACUUCUAGUCUAGUGUUUACAGUUUCUCAUUGUGAAGUCCCUUAAGAGUAAAUGUGACAAGGUGACAAAAGUCUUUAACUGAAUUAUGAGCUUUUUGCUAUAUAGCCUUAAAAAAAAUGGACCCUUACAGGACCUUGCAGCUGCUGUCUGUGUUUGUUUACAUGUUUGUUUCUUCCCUUCUCUUUCAAGUGCACUUGUUAACUUGUGGUUACUUUGUGGUUCUGUUUUACUUGACCAAAAUGAGGUGCAUAUGUUUACAUGUUUUUAUCCUGUUUGGCUUGAUGUGAAAUUAUUUAUAUUUGGAAAUAUAUAUUUAAGAAUGAUAUAUAUGCGUAUAUGUAUACAAAGAUGUAUUUGAAAAAAACUGGAAAUAAAUAUACACCAUAAUAUAUAUGUUUGAAGUAUUGAAAUAAAUGCAGAACUGAAAGCCCAGUGUUAAAGUCCAAGUGUGUGGGCUGUAUGUGAAUUGUGUGGAUAAUCUGCCCCUGCACUGAUGUCAGUGAUUAGCAUCUAAUAAAAAUGACUGCUAAGUGUG